AUGCUUCCUGCGAGCCUCAUCCUCACCCCGCGCGAGCAAAAGCAAUAUCGCCGUUACCAAUCGCAAACCUCAACUCUCGCACCCAAAAGUCAGGGUCAGCUUCCCACUGCCGUCGAGUACGCCGACUUCCAGUCGUGGCUUGCGAAGCGCGACUCGGGCUACUUGUCCGAUACCCCGCUCGCCGACAUCGCGUACUACGUGGAGCGCGCGUCAAACAAAGGCGAAGAACAGGGGAAGGCCAGCGUAUGCGGACACGCGCUACACCCUACGCACAAAGAGAAGGCAGAGCGAUGUCCUGUCUGCACUGUGGAGGUGCACGUCACGUACAUGAAAGUCCUUACCGACGCGCUCGAAGCCGCCGGCGGGCUGGUGCAGCAGCGCUGGGAGGCCGUUGACAACGACUGCCCCGCAUUACAGGCGUGGUACGCUGGCAAACUUGCCUUCGUUAAGGAGCUUGGCCUGUUGGAGGACCUCACGCUGCACGAGCGAGCCUAUAGCAAUACUUUGUCCAGUCCAGUUACGAGCGAGGUCAAGACUGCCACCGAGGCACUGGAGAUGUACUGGAACAGCAUGGAGGCCAACCCGGGCAUGAUGCAGUCGCCCCGCCAAAAGAAGGCAUGCACGGUCGUCUUCUGCCCCGAGACUAGCUUCGAGCGGGGCCGAGACCAGCUAUACUUUUGGCGUAAGUCGCCGCGUUAUGAAGCGGGCGGCAAGUACUCCUCUUCAAACGAUGAUGAGGAUGGAGACGAGGAAGACGAUGGGGAAGGCCAAGAUCAGAGCAAUGAGGCCUUUACUAAUGCCCAAAAAGCUAUUCCACUCCGACCUGGCGCUGAUGAUAAAGAUGAAGAAUGCGACGAGGUGGCCAGCGACCUUGACAACGACGACGAUUCGGAAGAAGAAGAGGAUGAGGAUGAAGAUGAGGACGACGAGGACGUUGAGGUCGAAGGCAGCUUUGUCGUCUUCGAAUAUGAAGAGGUCACUGUCCAGGGCGCAGAGUUUAUCGUUUUCGAAGAUUGA